GGAGGUGGAGGAGGAGGAGGAGGAAGAUCAGGAGGAGGAGGAAGAAGAGGAAAAAAGAGAAAAAGAAGAAAUAUCACAGAAAAAAAAAAAAACUCUUCGUUGUCUUGCCUGGGCUUUUUUCCCCCCCCUAAAAAUAACAUAUUGGAGAAUUGGGAGAAGUCUUUUUGGUUUGGAAAAAAAAAAAAAAAAAAAGGAAUCUUCAGCCUAGAUCACUUUCUUAUCCGGACUGGGAUAUUAAAUAUACGACACAUCCAGGAGUUUAUUGGAGCGCAGACUGAUGGCGCAAAGGUACGAUGAGCUGCCCCAUUACGGCGGGAUGGACGGAGUAGGGGUGCCUGCUUCCAUGUACGGAGACCCUCACGCGCCGCGGCCGAUCCCACCGGUUCACCACCUGAACCACGGGCCGCCGCUCCACGCCACGCAGCACUACGGCGCGCACGCCCCGCACCCCAAUGUCAUGCCGGCCAGCAUGGGAUCCGCUGUCAACGACGCCUUGAAGCGGGACAAGGACGCGAUCUAUGGGCACCCGUUGUUUCCUCUGUUAGCUCUGGUCUUUGAGAAGUGCGAGCUGGCGACCUGCACUCCCCGGGAACCCGGAGUGGCCGGCGGAGACGUCUGCUCCUCCGACUCCUUCAACGAGGACAUCGCGGUCUUCGCCAAGCAGGUUCGUGCAGAAAAGCCACUUUUUUCCUCAAACCCAGAGCUGGACAAUUUGAUGAUCCAAGCAAUACAAGUACUAAGGUUUCAUCUCUUGGAGUUAGAAAAGGUCCACGAACUGUGUGAUAACUUCUGCCAUCGGUACAUUAGCUGUUUGAAGGGGAAAAUGCCCAUCGACCUUGUCAUUGAUGAAAGGGACGGCAGCUCCAAGUCAGAUCACGAAGAACUUUCAGGCUCCUCUACAAAUCUCGCUGACCAUAAUCCUGCAUCUUGGCGAGAUCACGACGAUGCAACGUCCACCCACUCAGCAGGCACCCCGGGGCCCUCCAGUGGGGGCCACGCUUCCCAGAGUGGAGACAACAGCAGUGAGCAAGGGGAUGGUUUAGACAACAGUGUAGCCUCACCUGGCACAGGUGACGAUGAUGAUCCAGACAAGGACAAAAAACGUCAGAAGAAAAGAGGCAUUUUCCCCAAAGUAGCAACAAAUAUCAUGAGAGCAUGGCUGUUCCAGCAUCUCACACAUCCGUACCCUUCCGAAGAGCAGAAGAAACAGUUAGCGCAAGACACAGGACUUACAAUUCUCCAAGUAAACAACUGGUUUAUUAAUGCCAGAAGAAGAAUAGUACAGCCCAUGAUUGACCAGUCAAAUCGAGCAGGUUUUCUUCUUGAUCCUUCAGUGAGCCAAGGAGCAGCAUAUAGUCCAGAGGGUCAGCCCAUGGGGAGCUUUGUGUUGGAUGGUCAGCAACACAUGGGAAUCCGGCCUGCAGGUUUGCAGAGCAUGCCAGGGGACUACGUUUCUCAGGGUGGUCCUAUGGGAAUGAGUAUGGCCCAGCCAAGUUACACUCCUCCCCAGAUGACCCCACACCCUACUCAAUUAAGACAUGGAGCCCCAAUGCAUUCAUAUUUGCCAAGCCAUCCCCACCACCCAGCCAUGAUGAUGCACGGAGGACCCCCUGCCCACCCUGGAAUGACAAUGUCAGCACAGAGUCCCACAAUGUUAAAUUCUGUAGAUCCCAAUGUUGGCGGACAGGUUAUGGACAUUCAUGCCCAAUAGUAUAAGGGAACUCAAGGGAAAAGGAAACACACGCAAAAACUAUUUUAAGACUUUCUGAACUUUGACCAGAUGUUGACACUUAAUAUGAAAUUCCAGACAGCUGUGAUUAUUUUUUACUUUUGUCAUUUUUCAUCAAGCGACAGAGGACCAACGAGACAAGAACACAAAUGUGAAAUCAUGGGCUCACUGAGACAAUUCUGUCCAUGUAAAGAUCCUCUGGAAAAAGACUCCGAGAGUUAUAACUACUGUAGUAUAAACAUAGGAACUAAGUUAAACUUGUACAUUUCUGUUGAUCACUCCGUUAUGUUGCCUCAAAUAGUUUUAGAAGAGAAAAAAAAAAAUAUAUCCUUGUUUUCCACACUAUGUGUGUUGUUCCCAAAAGAAUGACUGUUUUGGUUCAUCAGUGAAUUCACUAUCCAGGAGAGACUGUGGUAUAUUUUAAACCUGUUGGGCCAAUGAGAGAAGAACCACGCUGGAGACCAUGGUGAACGUCUGGCUGAACCUCAUCCCUUGGACUCCAGCUUCAAGAAUGUGUUUUCAUGCCCGGCCUUUGUUCCUCCAUAAACGUGUCCUUUAGUUUCCAACAGAUCUUUAUAGUUUGUGCUUCAUAAGCCAACUCUUCUUCUUAUUUUGGGGGACUCUUUUUCAAAGAGCUUGCCAAUGAAGAUUUAAAGACUGAGCAGGAGCUUCUUCCAGGAGUUCUGAGCCUUGGCUGUGGACAAAACAAUCUCACGUUGGGCAGCUUUUCCUCAACACAAGAAAGUUAUUAAUGGUCAGAGCACCACCACUAGGACUUUAUCAGAAACUCAAAGCUUGGGGGAUAAAAAGGAGCAAGAGAAUACUGUAACAAACUUCGUACAGAGUUCGGUCUAUUAAUUGUUUCAUGUUAGAUAUUCUAUGUGUUUACCUCAAUUGAAAAAAAAAAAAGAAUGUUUUUGCUAGUAUCAGAUCUGCUGUGGAAUUGGUAUUGUAUGUCCAUGAAUUCUUUUCUCAGCACGUGUUCCUCACUAGAAGAAAAUGCUGUUACCUUUAAGCUUUGUCAAAUUUACAUUAAAAUACUUGUAUGAGGACUGUGACGUUAUGUUAAAAAAAAAAAAGGUGUUAAGUCACAAAAUGCGGUAAUAAAUAUUUCAUUUUUGA